AUGCCUUUAAACAUUCGAGCCAAGCCUACGCAGAGCAAGCUGUCUGCUGCUGCAAAGAGUAGUGGGCACACUGAUGGCAACUCAUCUCAUUCACGCUUCUCAAGGUCCCCUAAACACGGGAAAGGCAAACAGGCUGUAAGCUCAGCGCCAGGGGCCCGUUCUGGGCUAGAACCAGGCUCUGUGUCAGGAGGUGUGCCUGCAACAUCAUCUAAACUGACAGGGGGACAAGGGUCAAUGUCAAGACCAGGUCCAAAAAUCAAAGCUGACCCAGAAUCAGGCAAAGGAUCGACUCGUGGUUCAGCGACAGCUCCAGGGGGUAAAACCUUGUCUAUGGAGAACAUUCAGUCUUUGAGUGCUGCCUAUGCGACUUCAGGUACUAUGUAUCCCAGUGAGCGAGAGUCCUUGGAAGCCUCUGGUGGGUAUCCCAAAGGCACCAUGACAUUGGGUAGAAGCACCAGCCGCUCCUCAUACACUGGCCGGACAAUAGCUACAGGAAGCAGCCCAAACAUCACAUCUUCUGGGAUCCAUCACUCAUCAGACCCUUGUGGAGACCAGACAUUUUUUUCUGGAGGGACUUCCAGUUUACGGCGGCAGUCUGGAAGACAUACACAGCUAAUGGAUUCGGCUGGACGGGGAGAGGUUUCUACAUUUGAUCUACAGGCUCAGCUGAGGGAUCUGCAGAGAGAGAACAACAACCUGCGGAGAGAACUGGAAGGAGGGAAGGAUGGAAGGACAGGCCCCAACAUGAACAGUGUCAACUUCUGGAGCCCAGAUGUAAAGAGAGAAAAGGGGGUGAGGAGAGAGGAGGGAGUGAGGAGCUCCACUGUGAAGGACCAGUACAAGACAAACCAAGAGGAUUUGCAGCUUCCGUUAACUGUUCAGGAGCUUCAGGAGGAACUGAGGGCUCACAGAGAGAUGAACAGCCGCUCGCAGCAGCAGCGUCAGCAGGGAAACUCCUAUCGAGAACUCCAUAUGGACCAGGAACUCAGAGGGGGACUCAGCCCUGGCCAUAGCCCCAGACAAAGCCCCAGCAACCUGCAGAGUCCUGGACUAAAGAGCAGCCCCAGAGCCAGUCCAUCCAACACCUACAAUUCAAGGCAACAAGAAGCUGACAUCAUCAUUCACAGCCCUGGUUAUGGCUGUAACACUGCAGUAGCUGCCCAGAGAAUCAGCCCAGCCGACACCCUUCAACGUGGGCUCAGGAGCAGCCCAAAUCAGCCCCUUUACAGUCCUAGCCAAGGUCCAGGUGUAGUCCCCAGCUCUAGUUCUCGCCGUCCUUGUAGCCCCUGUCAGGUACCUGGGUGUGACGGCUUCUCUUCACCCCCUCCCCUGGUUCCAUCAGAGGAGAACUUCUUCCAACUACAGUCGGAGCAUGAGCGGCAGGCCAAGGAGCUAUCCCUGCUGAGGAAAACCAUGGAAGAGAUGGAGAUGAGAAUUGACUCUCAGAAGCAGACGCUGGGCGCCCGAGAUGAGAGCAUCCAGAGACUGUUAGAGAUGCUUCAAGGCCAAGGUCAAGGUCAGGGACACUGGGGACGGGGACAGCGGGCAGGCAUAAUAACCAUGGCAGCACAGGAGGCUGAGGCUCAGCUGGAGAACGUGCAUUUGAGAGAGGAGCUUCAUCGCCGAAACCAGCUCCAGGCCGAUCCGGCCAAGACCAGGGCGCUGCAGACUGUCAUUGAUAUGAAGAACACCAACCCCCCUUUCUGUUUUGAUCCUGACGUUAUCUGGCAGGACACCAAGAUCUCUUCCCUGGAGAGGAACAUCAGAGACUUAGAGGAUGAAGUCCAGAUGCUAAAGACCAGCGGCCUGCUGCAUUCUGAUGACAGGCAGGAUGAGCUCAAGCAGGUGGAGGUCUACAAGAGCCAUUCUAAAUUCAUGAAGACUAAGGAGCAGGCCUUGUCACCAUGUGUGUCUUCCAUCAGACCAGCUCCCACCUUCCUCCCCACCCAACAGCUUUGGAUCACAGAACAAGCAGAAAUAGAGCAGCAGAAGCAGGAGCUGAACAGGAAGGAGUCGGAGAUGCAGGCCCUGCAGACCAAACUAGAAACACUGACCAAUCAGAACUCAGACUGCAAGCAACACAUCGAGGUGCUUAAAGAGUCGCUCAGUGCCAAGGAGCAGCGCGCCAAUACACUCCAGACAGAGGUAGAUGCUCUGCGAGUGCGUCUGGAGGAGAAGGAGCAGUUCCUGACCAAGAAGACCAAACAGCUGCAGGACUUGACUGAUGAAAAAAGCACACUAACAGGAGAAAUUAGAGACAUGAAGGACAUGCUGGACGUGAAGGAGAGGAAGAUUAAUGUCUUGCAGAAGAAAAUUGAGAACCUGUUGGAACAGUUAAAGGACAAGGAUAAACAGCUGGCUGGAUUGAGAGAAAGGGUCCAGGGCCUUCAAACUGACUCCAGCAACACAGACACUGCUCUGGCCACACUGGAAGAAGCUUUAUCAGAAAAGGAGCGAGUGAUUGAAAACCUCCGGGAACAAAAGGACCGGGAGGACAGGGUUCGGCUGGAGGAGCUGGAGCAGCUGAGAAAAGAGAACCAGGAAUUAAAAGACAAACUAUUGGUUGUGCAACCCCAGAAACUGUCUCAGAACCAGCUGGGUAACCCCAGCCCAACCCAGAACCAGAGGCCUGAUGGAGAGGUGAAAACCAAAGUAGAUGGGCUACCAGCAGUCACAUCCUCAAAGACCCAAACUACAGAGGAAGCGGUCAAGAUAUGUCCGGAUAUCACGGAUCGUCUGAGGGUCCUAGAGCAGGAAGUGGCCCGCUACAGAGAGGAAUCCAGGAUGUCACAAGCUGAAGUGGAGAGGCUAAUGGGAGCUUUAAAGGAUGCUGAGACGGACAAAUCAUGCAAGGAGAAGAAAAUCUCUGAUCUUGAAAGGCAAAUCAAGUCUCCUAACAUCCAGAAGCACACAGUGGCAGGUGAGAUGAGGAAAGAUGCCCUGACUGAUGGACAUCCCCACUCAUUAUCGCAGCUUCCUGUUUCCACUUCCCAGGAUGCCAUGCGGGAGACAGCUGAGCGGAUCAUGGAGUUGGAGAAGGCACUGAGAGAAAGCAUGAACACCUCUGCACAUAGGGAGGCUCUCUGGGCACAGGAGGAGGCUGAUCGGGUUCAGGCCCAGAGACAGCUGGAGGAGCUGAUGGGGGCUUUGGAGAAGACACGCCAGGAGCUGGACGCCACUAAACUGCGUCUGUCCUCCACUCAGCAGUCCCUGCAUGAAAGAGAUGGACAUCUCAACAGUCUGCGACAGGAGAGACGCAAACAGCUGGAGGAGAUUCUGGAGAUGAAGCAGCAAGCUUUGCUAGCAGCCAUCAGUGAAAAGGAUGCCAACAUUGCCCUGCUAGAGUUAUCUUCCUCCAAACGCAAAAAAGCCCAGGAGGAAGUGAUGGCUCUGAAGAGGGAGAAGGACAGGCUCAUGCACCAGCUCAAACAGCAGACUCAAAGCAGAAUGAAGAUGAUAGCUGAUAACUACGAUGAAGAUUACAUCCAUCCCCAGCAUCAUCCUCAUCAUUCGCACCACAUGCACCCAACAAACGUCCAUCAUCGCAGCUUGCCAAGAGCGCCCCCCCAUGCCAACCACCGACCCCCUAUGGACCAGGAUGAUGAAGAGGGAAUAUGGGCGUAAUGACCACCAACAUGAGACCCCACAUCCGUUUCUUCACACUCGUGGAACCAGACACCAGGUUUCAACUACAAGAAUACAGAUACACCAGCCCAUAUACCCCCACCAUUGUGACCACCAGCCCUGAUUAAAAGCAGAUAUAAGUGCACACUCCAGCACCCACCAUUACACUUGGAUUGUGGUAAAAAUCAGUAUUCAAAUGGACAUAAAUUAGUUAUCCUGAAGUUGACAUGCAGUAGCCCACAGAAGACCUGGGACCACUGUGGGUGAACGCCCCUCAUCAGUGCAUCUGCCAUCAGUGUGGAGUUUCGACAAGCAGUCUGCUUCCUUCAUUUCCCCAGUUUUUUUUUUUUUUUUCUUUUAAGCUGGAAGCUGGAUUAAUUUAACAGUACUGUGGUGCUAUAGAGUCCUGGCUUUUCAUCACAAGCCCCCAAAACAACUGUGUGACUACAAGUGUGGCUAAACUGAGCCAGUGGAAUUGGCAGUAAACUCAAGCCAGCUCCAGACUCUUUUAUGGUAGCGUGAAAAGUAUUCACUUUUGCAGCUAAAUAUCACACUUGUGUAAAUAUGACAACAUGGACCUUGUAAUCCAUAAUCCACAGAAACCUUCUCAAUGCAUUGUGCCAAAGGAGACAUCUGCUGAGACGAAUGACAGAAAUGACACUGCAACUGAAUUAUUUAUGUAACCAUCCCAGUUAUUUAAUCGCGUAUCUCCCAUUUCCUGACAAGAAAGAUCACCAAGAAAAGUUUGAUGAUUAGUUUCCAUCUUUUCAAAAAUAGGGAGGGAAACACAGCUGACCUCAGACAGCCAGUUUAUUGUAAGAACAGUCUGUAUACAUUUCUCCUUGUGUUCUUCUUGCCUCUCAUUGUCUCUUUUAUGUUUUGACUGAUUUUCUACAGCUGAAACUAUUUGAGUGCCACUCUUUCUUUCUUUUUUUAUUAUACCAGCUACAUGUGACUUAUUAUUCUGAUUCUAACAAGUGAUGUAUUAUGUUAUUGUCUACUGAUCUGUGAAUCUGAGUGGCUAAUCUGAUCAUAAUGAAGUGUCUUGCAUUAAUACUUUUUUUCACUGUAUUCAAGCUUGAGCUGAUGUGAUGAUAAUGUACAGUUGCAGUUUAAUUUAGCAGCAUAGCAGUGUUUUCAUUUGGUUGUUACCUAAUAUGUACAGUUUUCAUACUGUGUGUGUGUGUGUGUGUGUGUGUGUGUGUGUGUGUGUGUGUGUGUGUGUGUGUGUGUGUGUGUGUGUGUGUGUGUGUGUGUGUGUGUGUGUGUGUGUGUGCACUUUUGUGCUGUGCUCUCUUGGUUGUGAUGACUGUGAAAG